AUGCUCCGUCUGCUUUGCUGCGCCCUGCUUUUUGUGCUAUGCGGCGGCGGCGGCGUCCCCGUCAUUGCUGUGCCGCACCGAUGCGUGUUUGAUAGCCUGCCCCGGAACGUUCCCGGCGUGACUCCCGAGGGGGAACCGGUGAGUCCUGUCCGUGUGUCGGUGGGCAGUGACUGGGUGCCCAUCCGCAUCCGGGUGUUCACAGACAACCUGGAGGCGCCGGAGGGAUUCUGCUCCAAGGCCGGGGAAAAGAUCAAUAUGUUUCUCGGCGGCCAGAUGGUCUGCCAGGAAGAGGAUGUUUUGACGGAGGAGAAGGUGGAGAUUCUCAAGAGUGUGAUUCUUCCCGAGGCGGCGUGGAUGCACAGCGAGCGCCUGUUGGUGCGGCCACUGAACGGUCCCCUGGUUGUGCCGCGGCUCCCGAAGCAGAGUGUUUGCGCGAAGUUCGAGGUGCCGGAGGAGCACCACACGGAUGGGGUGCCCGACGCCGACAUGGUGUUGUACGCGGCCGCCGUUCCAACGCUCAAGAUGACCUUUGCGUGGGCGAUGCCGUGCGCGACGCUGGGCAGUAGUGGGCGGCCUGUGGUUGGCGUCAUCAAUUACAACCCACGCCACAUUGUGAACACGUCGCAGCACAUCCGCGUGGCAGUGCACGAGAUGGCGCACGCCCUCGGCUUCAUAGCGUCGGACAUGGAGAACAUGCAGCUGGUGACGGAGGUGCCGGGUGUGCGGGGGAUGCACCGCGCACACAUUGUGCAUUCCGCGAAUACGCGGAAGAAGGCAAGGGUGCACUACGGCUGCGACUCAGCUCUGGGCAUGGAGCUGGAGUAUGUGCCGCAGAUAAAACGGCAGGCGGCUGGAGGGCAAUCACCACGACCAGCCGUGCCGCCACCAGCAGCAGCAGGAUCUUUGCCUGCUUCUGGGCCGGUGAUUCGACGGGUGACAAGGGAGGAGGGAGAGAGAGAAACGGAGAGGCGGAUAGCUUCCCGUGGAGGGCCGAGAUCAGGGCUUGGGGACCAUCCACCAGGUAUGCCUUCAUCAAUGGGGGCACGAAAUGGAAGGGGGAGACAAGGCAACGGAAGGAUAUCAGGAAGUCCGGGAAAACAAAGAGGAGCUGCAGGUACAGAAGGCGUUAAACAGCAGACUCUUAAGCUUCGUGGACCCCCUCUUCCCGUUCUUGCAUCACCGCAGGCGGUGGCGGGUGGAAACGCGGUGCCUGAGCGCGGCAGGGAGCAGACUUCCGAGGGCACUGAAUUCAUGGUAGUGGAGAAGCAGUGGAGGCCGCCUUUGUGGCUUGGUCUGAAUUCGCACUGGGCGCGGCGCAAUGCAAAGGAUGAGCUGAUGGCGAACUUGGUCGUUUCCGGCUACUACACGGCACUGACGAUGGCAGUUUUUGCCGACCUUGGCUACUACAAGGUGAAUUUUGAGAAGGCGGAGCCGAUGCGCUGGGGCAGCGGAGCCGGGUGCAAGCUGCUGACCGAAAAGUGUGUGAAUAAUGGCGUCACGAGCUACCCUGAGAUGUUCUGCACCAGCUUGAGCGGCACCGCCCUGCGGUGCACAUCUGACCGCCAGUCGCUGGGGAGCUGCUUACUGCAAAAUGUCGAGGGGAUCCCAGCGGAGUUUGCGUACUUUUCAACCAGCAUGGGCUCGAAGCCUGAAGCCCUGAUGAACUACUGCCCAUUCAUUGCGCCGACGAACGGCACUGGGUGUGUGGAUGGCAUCGAGGCUGCCAUGCCGGGGAGUGUUGUUGGCCCGACAUCGCGUUGUUUGACUGGUGAGGGCCUUCAGGUGGGCGAUGUCGCCGUGGGUGAUGUGUGCGUGGAUGUGCGGUGUGGCAAGGACGCGUUAAGUGUGCGGUACAAGGGCAGCAAGGAGUGGCAUCCCUGCCCGAGCGGGUACAAGCUGACGCCCACGGCACCAUUCACGGCAGGCCGCAUCACCUGCCCCUCGUUCAACGAUGUCUGCCUCACCAUGCUGCAGCACCGCGAGGCUGAGAGCCCCCCAAAACACCAUGGGAAGGGCAGCCCUCGCGACAGCAGUGCCUCCGUGGUUCUUCUGGUGUCGCUUCUUUUUGGUCUAGUGAUCGGCGUGGUGCUUGUGGCGCCCUAA